CCCUGGCCUGGCACAUCCCGCUCUGUUUUUCCCUAGGUUUCAGAUUUGGUGCCCUCUCUAAAUUCUACAAUUAGGUCACCCGACGUGAGGGUAACUUGAAAUUUUCCUGCCUUUGGUCACCAUAACGUAUCUUGUAUUCUUCCAGUAAAAUGGCGGUGGUGAGCGGAAUGUCAGGGUCGGCAGUUGCCCGGCUCGAGGGCCGAGAAUUCGAAUACCUAAUGAAGAAACGCUCGGUGACCAUCGGUCGGAACUCUUCACAGGGUUCAGUGGAUGUAAGCAUGGGACACUCAAGCUUUAUUUCUCGGAGGCAUCUUGAAAUAUUUACCGCAGGUGAAGAUGGCACUGGCAGUGGAGAUUUCUAUCUUCGAUGCCUCGGCAAAAACGGGGUGUUCGUGGAUGGGGUGUUUCAAAGACGAGGGGCUCCUCCUCUCCAGCUUCCACGAAUGUGCACCUUCCGCUUCCCAAGCACAAAUAUAAAGAUAACCUUCACUGCUCUGUCCAUCGACAAGAAAGAGCGAAGGAACACUCCAGAAUCUCCAGUGAAGGCGGUCCAGCCCCAAAUCUCGCCACUGACCAUCAACAUUCCAGACAACAUUGCUCAUCUGAUGAGCCCCCUCCCCUCUCCCACUGGCACAAUCAGUGCUGCCAACUCCUGUCCCUCCAGUCCCAGAGGGGCGGGUCUGUCCAGCUACAGGAUGGGGCGCGGAAUCACGGCAGACCUCAUAGGAGACAAUUCCCAAUCUGAAAACGACAAAGAGGCUUCAGGAGGGGAUAGUCCAAAGGAUGACUCUAAACCGCCCUACUCUUAUGCACAACUAAUAGUUCAAGCUAUCACAAUGGCUCCAGAUAAACAGCUCACCCUCAAUGGAAUAUAUACCCACAUUACUAAAAACUACCCUUAUUACAGGACGGCUGACAAGGGUUGGCAGAACUCGAUUCGUCACAACCUGUCUUUGAAUCGUUACUUCAUCAAAGUGCCCAGAUCACAGGAGGAGCCAGGCAAGGGUUCCUUCUGGAGAAUAGACCCUUCAUCAGAGGGCAAACUCAUCGAACAAGCAUUCCGUAAACGAAGGCCACGCGGUGUGCCUUGCUUCAGGACCCCAAUGGGGCCUUUGUCUUCAAGGAGUGCUCCAGCCUCCCCUAGCCACACGGGAGUGUUAUCAGCUCACUCCAGUGGGGUGCAGACACCAGACAGCCUGUCACGAGAGGGCUCUCCUGUUCCCAUGGACCAGGAACCUACUCCUGCACCUACCGCAGCCGUCCAACCAAAAUUAGCGGUUAUUCAAGAGGCUCGCUUUGCACAAAAUGCCCCUGGUUCACCUCUCAACAGCCAGCCAGUUUUAAUCGCAGUACAGCGACAGCUCCCACAGACCAUUAAGCCUGUGACCUACGCAGUGGCCACUCCGGUGACGACCUCCACAUCACAGCCGCCUGUCAUGCAGACAGUCCAUGUGGUGCACCAGAUACCUGCUGUCUCCGUCGCUGCUGUGACUGGCUUGACCACUGCUGCUACGUACACAGUGGAGGGCCAGCCCGUUGUCACUCAAGCCACUCUUGUCCAAGCAGAACCGCAGGAGAACGGAGAGCACCAAGAGGUCAAAGUUAAAGUAGAACCUAUUCCUGCUAUUACAGCAGCCUCUAUAGGAGGAGCAAAUCGCAUCCUUCAGACAUCCCAGGCCACGCCCAUACAGACAGUUACCAUAGUGCAGCAAGCACCUCUGGGUCAGCACCAGCUCCCUGUUAAGACCAUAACACAGAAUGGCACACAUGUUGUUGCUGCUAUUCAUGGAUCUGCAAACACAGUGUCUUCAGUGGCCAGCCCUCUCCAUAUGUUAGCAACUCAUGCCUCUGCAUCAGCGUCACUGCCUACGAAACGACAGAACGGUGACCAGUCCGAACAACCUGAGCCGAAAAAAAUCAAGACCGAGGACGGGGGGGAUCCAGGGGCGAUCCCCGUGACUGCAGAGAGGGACAAGCAGGCAGCCUCUGAUUAGUGCGGCCUAAAAAGAAAAAGAAAAAAAAAAAUCUUCGUUUACUUCACAAAAAAAACCUUUCAUUUACUGCCAUUCCCACAUCACCUCUCAUUCUCUUCAAGGUGCCAAACAAUGAAACGAGAGAAAAAAAAAAAAAAGAAAUCUUUUGAAUACCAAGUGUUUAAGGGCACGUUUUAUAAAAAGAAAAAAAAAGAGGAAAGGUGAAAACGUAAUGCAAACCGUGUUUUCGACUGUACCAGAUAGGACACUUUUUCAGUAUCUUAACAAAUACUCGCAGACAUGCUUGUACACUUACACACACACACACACACACACACACACACACACAUACACAUACACGCACACGCACUGAUGUACAUGAAGCUCAAAUGUAGUGGAUUUUUAGAUCAAAUCUGGGUGCAACUCACCAAGACGUCCUAUCUCUCCAUCUCGACUACCUCUGGGCAGACUGGGAAGUAGGAGAGAUUGGGUUGAUGGAUGGACAAGAAGCCCAUCCCUUUGUCUUCUCUGGAUUGACAGCAGGCCUACAGCAGCAAUGACGAGCUCUGAAGUCAAAACUCAAUCAUCACUUCAUAAGUGAAUCAUAAAGUGCUGGGGAUUCCAAAGAUCCACAUAGUCCAGUAUAUGCAGAUAUUCAUUAGACUUAAAGGUUCCAUUGUGUUUAACAAUUCUGUGAAUUUAAUUCUCAUUUUUAACCUGAUACAUGG